CGUAACCAAACAUCUCAGCCUUGCCUCAACCUUAACGAACUGUCGCUUUUUGAUUCAAUAAUCCGACCACAACAAUCAACAAUCAAGAUGGCAGACAAUAAGAUCCAGGAGCUUCUCACCAAGCCACGCAAUGAACUAACGGAAUACGAAAUAUCGCUUCUCGAGGAGCACGAGUUCAGCGCCGGCCCUCUAUCGAUACUUCAAACCGCUGUCCGAAGCCAUACACAGGUCCUAAUCUCUUGUCGCAACAACCGGAAGCUCCUAGCUCGCGUCAAGGCUUUUGACCGCCAUUGUAACAUGGUGCUAGAAAAUGUCAAGGAGAUGUGGACCGAGACGCCCAAGCUAUCAAAUGGAAAGAAAGGAAGGCCUGUCAACAAGGACCGGUUUAUUAGCAAGAUGUUCUUAAGAGGAGAUUCGGUCAUCUUAGUCCUACUCAGCUAGAGAGAGAAAAAAUUAGGUAUUCGGUUAUAAAAAAAACCACACGUGUACGCGGCAUAUCCUUCGUUAUACGGUGUCUAAAUUAGGUAGGCAGGACAUGAAGGCCGAGAUAGCAUAUCAAUGCAGCAUUAUGUCUCGUGGGUGUGCUCAUUACGGUAAUAGCAGUUUGACGAAGCUGCCUAAAAGGAACAUAUUGAGCAAUAGAGAAAGCCGUGAUCAUGGGAUGAAAGAAAUAGGGCGCAGAUAUUACUAAAUC